UUUGAAAGGGAAAACAGUGUCAAUAAGUCGAUGCGCAGGGGAAGAUAAGCGGAAUGACUGGUAGUGCAGGGGAGAGAUAGUGAAAGCAUCGUCCCUGGGGCUCGGUGAGGCUGGAAAGGCGACUUCUGGCGGACGGCUUUCCGCAUGUAGGCACGGAGGUCGCAGAGAAGACACUCGCCGCUUCGUGCUGUGUACCCCAGCAACCUCAGCGCAGCUUCCCUCGAGUCUGUAGACCUAUUCUUGUAGUAAAAGAGCAAAGACCGGGGAAAUUAUGAGUGAAAACAUCUGGGCGCGGCGCACUUUAAAGGAAAAGGUUUCGCUCUGCCGGAGGUCGUUCGCAUUUUUGCCUUUUGUAUUUCCUUGCUGAAUGUCGUGGACAUUUUGGAUUUUUUUUUUAAUGUUCCGUGUCUGUAAAUCAUAUCAUUUAAGGACCUUCGUCGUCGGUUAGUUUGCCUGAGCCAAAAGGCAGCACCUUUGUGUCUCAAAACAACUAAGAGCGACGACAUUAAAGUUGAGGGCGGCUGCUGAGGAGAAUGUACACACUGGGCCAGCUUCGAGUUGCUCUUUAAGUAGGCAAUAUCAGCUAGCCGCUAACACUAGCCAAACCCAAUUGAACUACCGUGAAGCAAAUCUGUGAACCCAGCUAAUGCCCACUUCUCGAGCCAUUGUUUGGGUACUAACAGCCUGCACAUAACCUGGGCAUCAUUAAAUGAGACGCUGACUCUACAAUAACUCAGUGCCUCAGGAUGUCCAAGCGGAGCCUGUUUGUUCGUCUGGUACCAUGCCGCUGCUUGCGGGGCGAGGAGGAGAUAGUAACAUCGCUGGACUACUCCCACUGCAGCCUGGAGACUGUUCCUAAGGAGAUCUUUAGCUUUGAGAAGACCCUGCAAGAACUCUACCUCGAUGCCAACCAGAUCGAGGAGCUGCCUAAACAACUGUUUAACUGCCAGUUACUCAACCGACUGAGCAUGCCAGAUAAUGACCUGACAGUGUUGCCACCAGCGAUCGCAAACCUCAUCAAUCUCAGGGAGCUUGAUGUCAGCAAAAACAGUAUCCAGGAGUUUCCAGAGAACAUCAAGAACUGCAAAACCCUAGCUAUUGUAGAAGCCAGUGUGAAUCCCAUAUCCAAGCUCCCCGAAGGCUUCACUCAGCUUCUGAGUCUGACGCAGCUCUAUCUGAACGAUGCCUUUCUGGAGUUUUUACCAGCCAGCUUUGGCAGGUUGACUAAGCUACAAAUCCUGGAGCUGCGGGAGAACCAGUUAAAGAUGCUGCCAAAAAGCAUGCAGAAGCUCACUCAGUUGGAGCGGUUGGACCUGGGGAGUAAUGAGUUCACUGAAGUGCCUGAGGUGUUGGAGCAGCUGACCGGACUCAAGGAGCUGUGGAUGGACGGGAACAAACUGACCUUUUUACCUGGGAUGCUGGGUACACUAAAACAACUGGUGUAUCUGGACGUGUCCAAGAACAACCUGGAAAUGGUGGAUGAACAAAUCUGCGGCUGUGAGAAUCUACAGGACCUCCUGCUCUCCAACAAUGCUCUCACACAGCUGCCUGGCUCCAUCGGCUCCCUGAAGAAGCUGACUGCACUAAAAGUGGAUGAAAAUCAGCUGAUGUAUUUGCCCGAUUCUAUUGGAGGGCUGACGUGCAUUGAUGAGCUGGACUGCAGUUUCAAUGAGAUUGAAGCGUUGCCCGGCACCAUUGGCCAGUGUGUCAACAUGCAAACCUUUGCUGCAGAUCACAACUUCCUUACCCAGCUUCCACCCGAGAUGGGCAGCUGGAAGAGGGCAACUGUGCUGUUCCUACAUUCCAACAAGCUGGAGACUUUGCCCGAGGAGAUGGGUGACAUGCAGAAGCUCAAAGUCAUCAAUCUCAGCAACAACAAACUGAAAAAUCUUCCGUAUAGUUUCACCAAACUGAAUGAGCUGACUGCAAUGUGGCUGUCUGAAAAUCAGUCGAAACCCCUCAUCCCUCUCCAGAAAGAGGAGGAUCCAGAGACUCAGAAAACAGUGCUGACCAACUACAUGUUCCCCCAGCAGAUUAGGACUGAGGAAUACAUUCCAAACUCGGACUCUGAGAGCUUUAAUCCAACUCUGUGGGAGGAACAACGCAAGCACCGAGCUCAGGUGGCCUUCGAAUGUGACGAGGACAAAGAUGAGAGAGAGACGCCCCCGAGGGAGGGAAACCUGAAGCGCUACCCCACACCGUACCCAGACGAGCUGAAGAACAUGGUAAAGACUGCCCAGUCAGUGGCUCACAGGCUCAAGGAGGACGAGUCGAGUGAUGAGUCGGGCAAAGAGGCAAAACCCAUUGAGAGAAACCACAUUGGAGUGCAGGAUGUGGGGGUAAAGGUGAUCGAGGCCCCCUGUCAGAACGGCGUGGCAUCAAACAUGGAGGCCCAAAUGUCCGCCGACACGUUUGGCCAAAAUCCCUCUGCGCCCGAAUCCAAAGACACUUCCGAGUCUUACAGCUCCCAGAAAAUCCCCCUCAAGUCUUCAGAGGACUCUAUGAUGAACCACGAGGACACGCUAGAGGACUCUGAGGAGCUGUCAGACGAGGAAGACGAGAUGAAGAUUGCAGAGCUGAGACCCCCUCUUAUUGAGAUUUCCAUCAACCAGCCUAAAGUAGUGACUCUAAGUAAAGAUAAAAAAGAUGAUGGUAAAGAUGCAGACUCUCUGCUGGAUGACACUGUGGCUAACAGCAACCAGAACAACAGUAACUGCUCAUCUCCGUCACGCAUGUCAGACUCUGUGUCUCUGACCACAGACAGCAGCCAGGACAACUCUCUGUGCACACCUGAGAGAGAGGCAAAGAUGCCUUUCCUGCCAAAAAGCCGGCAAGAAGAUGAGAAUAUGAACCAGCCUAAAGACACCACCCCUCUCCUCCAUAAUGGCAAUGGCUCUGAAACAUCUCUCCAGACCCUCUUAAAAACCCAGCAGACACCACCAGAGAAAAUGGGGGACUAUGAUCUGUCUAUGGAAGCCAGACUGGCCUUCAUUGAGAAGGGAAUAAACAAUGGUAUGGGAGAUACUUACACAAAGUGGGACCAGAUUAAUAUGAAUGUGACCAAACUGCCAACCGACAACAUGCUUCAGCUGGAUGAGUUGGACAAAACCAAGAAUGGUUCCGUAGCUCAGGACGACUUGGACAGCAAGGAGAGUUACGAUAACAUGGAUCAUUUACAGAAUGGAAAUCGACAGGCAGGUGACUGCAUCAAUAGUCUGGGGAAUAAAAGCCAAGGGAUGAGAGGAGAGACUUCUGCUGUGCACGUGGCCUCGACAGGCGUGACAGCCAGCAGUGACAUGUCUCUGUCUCGCAGCACUGAGGAACUGUCUCCAGAGAAAAGGUGCCAUCCCCCGCAGGUGUUGAAGUCUCACAGUAUCAGCAACAUAGAAACAGGGGCCAUGAGGCUGUACUCCUUUGACGGGGAUGACGACUCAGCAGGGACUAGGGUGGCAGGGGCCGGCCCAGGGCCAGGAGUUCAGGCCCAGAGCAUAGUCAGGAGCAAGUCAGCUGGUCAGUUACUCAAUGAUCAGACUCUCCUGAUCUACCCCAACUCCUCUGCAUCUUCCUCAGACCUGCUCUCUUCUUCUAAGCCUCCUGCCAGCACCAGCAGACAUCCAGUCUCUUCCAGCAUGGCCAUGGGAACCCCUCCUCCUCAGUACAACAUACAGUACACAAGCAGUGGCAUGUCUAAAGAGGGCCUAUGGGGCCAGAGGACAGCCAUGGCUUCAGAGCACCAAGGCUACCACCCUCCUCCUCCUCCACACUCACUAGCCAACACCAAUUACUCAAACCGUAAUCAGGCACCUCCUUACCCUCUGCAGCCCCAGCAGAGAGGGCCUCCGAUGGCUUCUAAACCUCCUGGGGAGAUGUGGGCUAAGGAGAGGCUUCAUUCUACUGGGGGCCAGCCUAGAAGUAGCACUCUACAGAGGCAAAGCAGCUCUGGCUCCACAGCUUCCAUGGGCGACUCAAGGCGUUUGCAGGUGUCAGAAGGGGACUACAUGACAUACAGGGACAUUCACACCCUCGCCAGGGGGCCACUGGCAAUGAGUCAGGCCAUGCAGAGGCCCCUCUCAGCUCGCACUUACAGCAUCGAUGUACCCGGAGCUUCCAGGCCGCACAGCAGCAGGCCACAGGCCCACGAGCUUCCAGAAAGGACCAUGUCUGUUAGUGAUUUCAAUUACCAGCACAGCAGCCCCAGCAAGAGGCCCAAUACCCGGGUGAAGUCUGAGCACUCGCUCCUGGAUGGACCGGGACAGAUGCAGGGAGGAAUGGGAGCAGGGAGGGUUCCAGCAGACUGGAGAGACCAGGUGAUGCGGCACAUCGAGGCCAAGAAAAUAGAAAAGAAUGCACUGUCUCGCUCCUGUAAUUCCAAUAACGCUCCACUGAGCUGGUCUCACUACGGCAGCUGUAGGGAUAUACAUGCCAGCCAUGGGUCCCUGGUCUUUAGUGGCAGGGACGGACAGCCCUACGGAGCUCUGGGCUUCUGUGAUGAUGUUUUUUGUCCCCAAGGGAUGCAAAACUACCCCGUGGAGCCACACAGAAAAGUGCCUUUGAUGAAUGGUCAGAUGGGUCCUUCUGUUCGUCCUCCAAUGAGCCAGUCAUCCAUGGCACGUCACCCUUCCAGAGAGCAGCUUAUUGAUUACCUGAUGCUCAAAGUCUCCCAGCAGCCCCAGGGGCCUUCGCGAAUUCCACACGACCCCAUCCAGCAAGAGAUCCGUGUGAAAGUGGAGAAGAAUCCUGAGCUGGGUUUCAGUAUAUCAGGAGGAGUGGGAGGCCGGGGAAACCCCUUUCGUCCUGAUGACAAUGGUAUAUUUGUGACAAGGGUUCAAUCUGAGGGACCAGCAUCAAAAAUUCUUCAGCCUGGGGAUAAAAUCAUCCAGGCAAACGGAUAUAGCUUUGUAAAUAUCGAUCACGGGAAUGCAGUGUCCCUUCUGAAGACUUUCCCGAGCACUGUGGACAUGAUUAUCAUAAGAGGAAUGCAAGCAUAGUGUGAAACUGACCUCAAAUAGAGUGAGACACAUGAGAGAGGAACUGAGAAACAUAUGUUGACUGUCAUAUUUUUAUACUCAGAAGAGACUGAUCUGUUGCUACCUGUUGGGACUAUUUAUAGACAAGAUCAUCAUAGCCUUGAUUAAAUGGGAUAAACCACUGAAUGUAGUGGAUCAAAGUGAGGCAGCAGAAGAACAUCUGCAAGUACGUGUCCUCAAAAGGCCAUCACUGUGGUAUAUAUAUAAAUAUAUAUAUAUUUUUUAUACAAAAGAAGCUGAAGAUAUGACGUCACUUACUGUGGUCUCUGUACAGAUCACCCCCCACCCCCAGAAAAACUCUUAUCAAUUGAUCAUGAGUUUGAUCUUAGUUCUGCAGAUGGACAUAAAUCUGACCACUAGGGGGCAGAGCUCCUUCCCUUCUGGCAUCCAGUUUGCACCCCAUCACCCCCCCCCCAUUUAAGAUGUUGAAACCAUUUUCCAGUCUGCUGUGAUCUUAAUGGAGGACAGUGUUACGUGCUUGCUAUGUGGAGACGAAUGUUGAUCAAGGAGGUAUUUGGCUUUGUUUUUUCUGGGAGAGCUCUCCCCCCCUCCAAGACUCGAGGAAACGAUCCACCCCUGCUUCCACAAACCUGUGAAUAUCCUCCAGCGUACGGACACUUCUCUAUCCAGCUCAUCCCUGACCUCAUCACUCCAAUUGGGCAUAUCAUGUAACCAGGACCAUGGAAGCCUCCACAAUGUGUGUGUGUGUGUGGGGGGGGGGGGUAUAAAUGGAUCCCAUUUUCUCAGAAGCUGAAGAAACCCUGCAUGUGAUCACAUGAUGAGACGGGAACGCAAGAUGGAAAUUGACAAAUUGGUGGAAUAUAAUAGCGGAGAUUUAGCUUGUAUUUGCUCAGCCUUACUCUGCUUCGCCAGCCUUGGAUUUAAAAUGAAGAAAAUCCGUAUUUUGGGAAUUAUUCAUAUUUGGUUUUGAGGUAGACGGCUCCCUAUGGAUACAUCCAAGCUGUGUCUUUGUUUUUUAUGUGUAUUUCCCGAAACGUGAAAGCAGUUUGAAGCAGAGAAAGAUGUGGCGGUUAUGCUAGUUAACCAAAGCAAGUUUAGAAAUAGUGGAGUGAAGGUAAAAGCAGGAGAAGUCUUAAGAGAGAUUUAAAUAAGGUCGAUGUUUCACUCGUGUAUUUUUUUUGUUUGUUUGUUUGUUUUUUUUGGGGGGGGGCUUCCUCUUUUAGGCAGCCAGCAGUGAGCUGAGAAGGUUUCAACAUCUGGCAGUUUAAUUUUUUAAAAUCGAUCACAGGUUGCCUUUUGUGUCUGUAAAAAUGUUUAACCAUGCUUUUUAAUCGUCUUUGUUUUUCUUUGCUGUACAGAGAAUAGAUUUGGGAGAAACAAGCUGUCAAGUGCCAUAGACCUUGAACUGUUUGAAGGGGGGGGGGGGGAGACCUUUGACACCAGAACCCAAGCAAUACUCACAUACUCACAACCUCCUGAGUACAUCUGCAGCAUAAUGGCUUAGAAGCAAUAUUUAAAGUCUUUAUUUUAAUUCACAAAAACAUUUUUUUUUAAAAGAAACAACACAACCUUUUAGUACUCCCUGAUGAUUUUACAUGAUUUUUUUUUUAUAUUGUGAAAAUAAUCUUUUUUUUUUUUUUUUUGUAAUGAAAUG